AGAAAGAGUGGUAUGAUGGAGAAAGCAAUGGUUCUGGUUUCUGUGCUGCUCCUGGGGUGGACCUGGACCCUUCAGGGGGUCCCUGUGGAUGGGGUGAGGUGGAGCCCUCUGUUGCUCCUGCAGACGUGGAGGAUCCAUCUCUGCUCAACACUCCUUUGUUCAAUGCUACAGAGGUCUGUAAAAAAACACCAGAAACAGACGGCCCAUGUAGGGGACAAAUUCCACGUUACUUCUUCAACUCCUCCUCAACGAGCUGCCAGCUUUUCACCUAUGGAGGGUGUGGGGGCAACCAAAACAACUUUCAAACUGAGAAAGAGUGUAUGCAGAGAUGUCACACUGAAGAGGUGUGUAAACAAGUACCACCAACGGACGGCCCGUCGUGUGACGGGAUUUUCCCACGUUACUUCUACAACUCCUCCUCAACGAGCUGCCAGCUUUUCACCUAUGGAGGGUGUGGGGGCAACCAUAACAACUUUGAAACUGAGAAAGAGUGUUUGCAGAGAUGUCACACUGAAUGUUUGUGAACAAGCACCAGAACCAGGUCCAUGUGAGGCGGCCAUUCCACGUUACUUCUACAACUCCUCCUCAAUGAGCUGCCAGCUUUUCAUCUAUGGAGGGUGUCAGGGCAACCAAAACAACUUUGAAACUGAGAAAGAGUGUAUGCAGAGAUGUCACACUGAAGGGGUCUGUGUAAAAGCACCAGAAAUAGGUCCAUGUAAGGUGUACAUUCCUCGUUACUUCUACAACUCCUACUCAAAGAGUUGCCAGCUUUUCAUCUAUGGAGGGUGUGGGGGCAACCAAAACAACUUUGAAACUGAGAAAGAGUGUAUGCAGAGAUGUCGCACUGAAUAAGAAAAAGCUCCCAGUGCCGAAGUGUUUGGACUGUGAAGUUUAUUUUUUAGGCAUACAAACUGAAAUUCAGUCCAGGACAACAUGUUUCCUGAAGGAAAACUGGGUGAGAUGAAGAAACAAUGGUGCUCAUCUGAACUUACCUUACAGAUACUCUGUCAGCAUUCACUUAAAAUGUACACAGUAACGGUAACAGAUUACCAAUAAAACAACUAUCUCA